CAGGUGCAGGCAUGAGUUGAGCGGUCAGAAGUGUGACUGAGGAAAUUUUGGUGUGACUACUUUUUUGUUUAUAAGAAUUUUUUAAACUUUUUUAACAUGAAUUAUGUUAGGUUGCUUAACAUUUAUGUUCAAUAGGUGUACAUACUGUUUGAUUUAUUUAUUUAUUCGAGUAAUAAAAUGUACUUAGGUAGAUUACCUAGCCAGCGAAGCGUAGCUAGUUUAUUCUUAAUCCGGUUGAGCUUAUUUCCAUUAAUGUCAAAGGUGGAUGUGUGAACAGCAAUGAUUCUGACAAAGAAUAAUAAAAUAAAAUAAGUAGGUACUAAUGUAGUAUUUCUAUAUUGACAGCACUAAUUAGUAAUUAUGUAAUUCAAGCAAGCACUAAAUUCCUCAACUAACAAUCGUAAGUUAUGAGUUUAAUCUGUGACUUGGAAAAUACGAGUUUAUGGAACUACUCUUAAUAUUCGUACCUGGUAUCUAGGUACCUGGUAAUAAAAUUAAGUGCUAAAUGAGUCAAUAAUGGGACUUAAACUUAUAUGAUAAAAGUAAUAAUUUUAACCAUUGGCUAAUGGCUUAUGCAAAAUAUAUUCCAAGUUUUCAAGCGGGAAACCUGGACGUACGGCGUACCACAGGCGACACGCGUAAAUAUAUCUCAUAAUGAGUUUCUCGUUCGGCAUGCCUAGCCGUAUUUGGCCAAGCAUCUAAAACAGCUUAAUAAGUAACCUCACGCAAUAUCAGGAGACAAGAUAACGUAAAUAAAUAAUGUGAAUAGCUCCAUACACUUCCUCUCAUUUGAUUAUGCGUGUUGCGCGAGAAGCACACAUCGGGCCGGCCAGAAGGCAGUGCUGAUAGAGCUGUUGGGCCGAACGCACCGCUUAUGAACGCGACCGAAAAGGUCAGAAAAGCGCGGGAACCGGCGAUGAAUGAAUUAGGUCUAAAAAACAGUGACAGUGUGUGAUUUAAAUUUGGAACAGUUUCUCUUGUUUCUUUAGUUUACUGUUGUGAUUUUGAACGUGUGUUAAUUUGAAUUUUAAGAAUUCGUUGCUGGAACGAGAUGAAGAGACUGAAGCUACAAAUACGGACGUUUUUCCUGAUAGCCUGGCUCUCCCGUGGCGACGGAUACACCUGCCCCUACGGACAGAAUUGCGCCAACUCCUUCGAGCCUGCUCCCCCUGGGCGAGCACCACCAUGCGCGCAGCCAGGCCUCACCUAUUGCGUACACCCAGACCCUUACCCUGAACAAAUAAUUCGCCGGUUAAUCGAAGCGGGACAGUACGAUAUCUCCACGCUACUGUCGGACGAGACGCGGGACGACUUUAACUCCAACAAGAAGGUGGACUACGGAUACGGCUACGGCCCGAACUCGCUACACAACGUCGACCAAAUCUCCAUCGUCAACGAGCCAAAAAAUUACAACACGAAGUUCCAUUCCAGGUUCAAUCAUGAAAUCUUCUCCCAGAAAACUCCCCUGCAGCCACCAUCUCCCGUGGACCCUUCGCCAUAUAACAUCAACGCCUUCCAAUCGUCAAACUUCUCCAAGUUCGGGUACCAGAACCCCAACUACUGGGCCCCCAGCUUCGACUACGAGAACAAAAUCAACCGGCCGACCAACGUGUAUAAUCAGAACUUCUACAACACGCCCUUUAGUCAAUAUGAUAGCGCGGAUUGGUUUAGACAAGCGGCUAGUGGAGUAACACAGUAUAAUCCUAAUGAGUGGUGGAAAUACCCAUCGCGCUCUGAAGUAACCGUACAACGCUCCGUGACGUUCCCGACGAGGUCAACGAGGCAUCGGCGGCGGCGAAACGCGGAACUGGUGCGGGCGUCUGAGCAGAGGCAGCUCACAGGUGGCGAGGCGCUGAGGAUAGCAUUGGGGCUGGCCAGCGCAGAGACAUCCGCGGAGCGUCCUCGACGGCAAGCGCCCGGCACGGAGGAGCUGUGCCGCGCGCGCACCGACUACAUCACGCCGCGCGCCGCGCUCAACAACAAGGGCAGCUGGCGCUACGUCGUCAACAUGCCCAACAACAUGACGCAGCUGGUGCGCGCGGAGAUAUGCACAUCAAGUCAAUGCAGUAACUUGUGCUCCGUGCCCGUCGGUUACAGUUCCCGUUGCGAACAGAAAUACAUACAAAAACGACUGGUGGCUCUGGAGUCGAGUGGUCAGACCUUAUACACGGAUGUCUUCUGGAUACCUAGUUGUUGUCAGUGUACAAUAAUAGCCAACAACACUUAAAACCUAUUUAAUAUCAAGAUAGUUUAUUACAAAGUAUUUUAAUCGUAAAUAUUUUGUCGCGACUACUCGUCGCUAGGUGGCGCGCAUAUCAAAUUAAAAGCAUUUUGUUAACAUUCACUGCCAAGUAUGUUAAGUAUGAAUUUACACAAUUUUAAUAUGAAUUAAAUAAUAAUUAUUAUGACGAUUAAUAUCAAGUCAUGACAUUUCGUAAAACAUAGGUUUAUGUUAUAUUUUAAUUUGAAAGUUCUUUUUUAUAAGCUACUUUUUAUAAGGCUGCCUAGAUGGCGUUGCAAUUCUAGGAAUCGAACCUUACCACAACACCGCUAGUUAGUAGGAAUUUUUUUGUCGUGUUUCGAUUUCGGUCUUUGGUUCAUUUUAGAGAGACGUUUAUUUCGUUUAUGAUACAGGCUGUGCUGUCAAAGUAGGUAUUAUCGUUUUCUGGUUACCAUUGAAAACAUGGGUAUUUCAUAUUUAUGAGUAAGUACCGCCAUGCUCGGCGUCCACUUAUUAAAAAAAUCUUGAUUUUGGAAAGCCCAACCUAGAAAUCAAGUAAAAAAAAAACUUCAAAAUCUUAGACUAUAUUAUAUGUAACUUAUUAUUUUCACAGUCUACGAGGUAUAAAACUCGUAUCUAUUAAUUGUGUUAAUGUCCAUCCAAAAUUCCAUACAAUAUUAUCUUCGAUAUGUUUAUUACCUAAGUGUGUUUGUCACUUUUGUCCUAAAGACAAGUAUUAUAAUUUUAAAUGCUUACUUACGAUUUUAACCAAGUAUUAAUAAGUUAAGUGGUUAAGUGAAGUGUUUGUAAAUAUUAGCUUCCAUGUAAAUUAAAUGAAUUUCAUUUGUGAAACGAAACCGGCAAAACGCCCCACUUGUCGCUUGCCAUAAGGACGAGGUUUGCUUGUAUCUUUAUGCGAAUAACCUGUCAAGGCGUCCUUAUGACAACAGACAAAGCGGGACGUUUUGCCGGUUUCGGUCACAUUUGUGACGUGUUUUUAGUUUGUUGGUAUUUUGAUACGAGUAGUAGGUAGGUAUAAUAGCGGAUCCUAGAAUGCUUCAAAAACAAAAAAGUAAUAAAUACCUAGGUGGUAUUAUUUUAUACUACUCUUGUUGUUGGAGGGAUUAUGGUAUUAUAGCUACGAACAAUUUUAAGAAAAAUAAACCUAAGUUAUAAAUAAAUUAUUAUUUAUUUAAGAUUGGUGAAUAAUAUUGUAUAUUUUUAUCACACAUUAAUACUACAAAAUAUUAAAUAGGUAUUCGAUUUAGCGAACGACAGCCGAAAUACGAAUUUACUUGGAGAUAAGAAAGGCUAACAGCUUUUUAAGAGGAAAGUGGACCAUCGCUUAUUCAUGCAAAUGUAUUCCCUAUUUUCCUCUCUGAAUAUUAACGAUUUUGAAAUUUCUUUUUUUUUACUUAAUUUAAUGUACCACAGACCACUCCUUGCGCUUGACCGCUUGACGAGGGAAAUGGGGACUAUAUACAGGUUUGUAUGGAGAGGCGGUCGACACUAUGCUCAAAAGGUUUCUGGUACCUAUCUCUAUUAUUAUCUCUUUUUCAUGUAGCUCAGAAGCAAGGCUUGCCUCUGUUUAUAAUUAGCAUUGUUAAGGCUUAUGGACAGUACUAAUAUAAGUUGAGUGAUUUAUUUACCUACCUAACGUACCUAUACGAAAAGUUUGUAGAUGGGUUUAGACUUAGGAUCUGUUUAUCUUUUGUACAUUUAUUUAAUUUCUUCAAAUAAAUCCCAAUACGAAAUACAAA